UCCUCCUCGUCCUCCUGCUCGGGGAACUCGGCCGAGCUCAGCUGCCCCAUCUGCGAGCGCCUGAUGCCGGCCGCCGACAGCGAGGGGCUGCCGGCCGAGCUACUACUGCUCAACAAUCUACUGGACGUGGUGUCAGCGGCCGAGGACGAGCUGGAGCCCGCCGGCGGCGGCAACGGCAGGGGUCGGGCCCGGCCCAAGAGCUCGCAGGCCGGCUGCAGCUCGUGUGACGAGGGCGCCCCGGUCACCUCCCGCUGCCUGGACUGUGCCGAGUAUCUGUGCGAUCACUGUGUGCGGGCCCACCAACGGGUCCGCCUCACCAAGGAGCAUGUCAUCCACCGCUUCAGGCAGCAGCAACACUACAACCAGCAGCCUUUCCCCAGCCUGCCGCUCACACACGAACGGGUCAGCUACUGCCAGCAACACGAUAACGAAGUGAUGCGUCUGUACUGUGAUACUUGCACUGUCCCGAUUUGUCGAGAAUGCACAAUGAGCCGUCAUGUAGGGCACAGCUUUGUCUACCUCCAGGAUGCCGUACAGGACUCCAAAGAAAUUACCCUACAGCUGUUAGCAGAUGCACAGCAAGGCCGACAGGCAAUUCAGCUUAGUAUAGAGAAAGUCAGGGCCAUGGUGGAGCAAGUCGAGAUGAAAGCUCAAGUAAUUCGGUCAGAAGUCAAAGCAGUAACUUCACGGCACAAGAAGGCUCUGGAGGAACGUGAAUGUGAUUUGUUAAGAAAGGUUGAAAAGAUCCGGCAGAUGAAGGCCAAGACUCUGCACCUUCAGGUGGAAGCGCUGCGUGAGAAUUUAAACAGGCUAGAGAGCACUAUAGACUGUGUGCAGAAAGCCUUAUUGGAUGGGCGAGAUGUGGAUGUACUCUUGGCAAAAGAACAAAUGUUUGUCCAAAUCCAGGACUUGAAGAAACUUAGAAACCUCCUUCAACCUCAAGAUGACGACACACUUUCUUUCAUUCCACCUGAUGGUGUUCUGUACAAAGCCAUCAAGUCACUGGGCAUAAUCAGUAGCAGUGCCUAUGCCCCAAUAUCUACAGCUACUGGUGAGGGAUUGAAAAGGGCAUUACGUGGGAAAAUGAGCAGCUUCACUGUAAUCACCAAGGAUCACACUGGUGAAGGAAGAUCAUCUGGUGGUGAUUUGGUUGUAGUUGUUAUCAUGGGACCUGACGGCUGUCUCUUUCGCGCUGAUGUUCUUGAUCAUCAUGAUGGUACCUACACAAUUAGUUACUCCCCACAUCUAGAAGGAGAACAUGUGGUUUCAGUGACGAUUCGUGGCCAGCAUAUUGAGAACAGCCCCUUUCGAGUAAUUGUCAAAGCAGGUCGCAACUACACUGGAAUUGGGCUUCCGAUUUGUUCCUUUGGCGGAGAAGGAGAUGAAGAUGGACAGCUUUGCCGACCAUGGGGUGUUUGUGUCAACAAAGAAGGCUAUAUUAUCAUCGCUGACCGUAGCAACAACCGCGUUCAGGUGUUCACACCAAGUGGAACCUAUCACCACAAGUUUGGGACAGCAGGUGCCAGACCUGGGCAGUUUGAUCGUCCUGCUGGUGUUGCCUGUGAUCAAAAUUGUCGAAUUGUAGUGGCCGAUAAGGACAACCAUCGCAUUCAGGUUUUCACCUUCGAAGGACAGUUUGUCCUUAAGUUUGGGGAGAAAGGAAGCAAGAAUGGCCAGUUCAACUACCCUUGGGAUGUUGCAGUCAAUACUGAUGGAAAGAUCCUAGUGUCUGACACUCGCAAUCAUAGAGUUCAGCUUUUUGGCCCAGAUGGAAACUUUGUAAGUAAAUAUGGCUUUGAGGGAGCUUUGUGGAAGCACUUUGAUUCUCCUCGUGGAGUGGCCUUUAACCAUGAAGGACACCUUGUGGUCACAGAUUUCAACAACCACCGUCUGCUGGUAAUCCAUCCUGACUUCCAGUCUGCCCGCUUCCUUGGCUCUGAAGGCACAAGUAAUGGUCAAUUCCUCCGACCUCAGGGUGUAGCCAUCGACCAAGAAGGACGCAUCAUUGUGGCUGACUCCAGGAACCAUCGCAUUCAGAUCUUUGAACCAAACGGCAACUUCCUGUGCAAAUUCGGGACCCAAGGCAGUGGUUUUGGGCAGAUGGAUCGUCCGUCCGGAAUAGCCCUGAUGCCAGAUGGACUGAUAGUAGUCGUCGACUUUGGCAACAAUCGUAUCCUCUUGUUUUAAUAAUGCUGUGUGCUUUGUUUUUCUAUAUUGUGGAUUUGUUGCUCAGGGACAAUGUCUUAAUUGUUUUCCCUAGAGAAGACAGGUUUUUUUUUCUGUGCUGCAGUCAUCUACCUCAUGUUGGUAAAGUGUGAGCUGUGAGACUACUUCAAAACUACAUAAAUAUAUAGCAGACCUACCUCACUGCCUGCAGAUGUUGGGCUAACUUAAUGUUUGGAUGUUUCCAUGGAAUGUGCAAAUGUGUCCAGGCAAUUGGUGCCUUUAUGACCUGAAUCCAAAGACUUAUUUCUUAGUAUUAAAAUUGUCCUGUAGCUUUAUUUAAAAAAAAUCUCUCAGGUAGGAAGACUAUUGGCCACUUCUAUAGCCUAAAAAAUGGCCAUUUGUGGGUGACUGAAAGGCUUUGGCUGCCUACCUGCAUACAUUUUGUUUUCAGGGAUUAUUUGAUAUUGAAUAUCUCGUAUGUUUAGCCCUAACUCGUCUGAAUGUAGCCCUACGCUCCACCUGAAUGUAAACUAAAUACCUCUUUUUUUUUUUGUUUUUUAGGGUGUAAUGUUCUUUGGCCUGAUGCACAUAAUGGUGAACAUAGAAGUUGUUGAGGGUUCUUCUGAGUGUUUAUUUGGGGUAUUUGUGUAAGGAAAAUUUGGGUUGUCAUUUGAUACCCUGAAGAUCAAAGUAUAUUACCUGGGAUAAUCAAAUUAUAUUUACCUCAACUGCUACCUCAGGUACCGGUAUAAAAUCAAUUUCCUACUGAAUUGGUAGGCUGGAUUUGGUUUCAGAGGCAGUAUUACUUUGUGUUAGAAGUGUGAAUUGGCUGAUUUAAAAGACAGUAUCACUUUUUCCUUGGGUGUUGUUUAGUCUUGAUUGGGAAUCUGCAGAAAAAUGAGUUCAGGGUGGAGAAAGUCUACUGGUCCUGCUUUGGGAGUGGCACUGCUUCGAUGCACACACACUGUUACAGAUGCCAUAAACUGAAAUGAACACCUAACUUUGAAGAUCCAAUUGGUUCUCAUUGCCAAGCUUUCUAAAUGGGGAAGGUUUUUAAAUCAUCCGGUGCUUCAUUGAGAACUAAUGUAUUUGGAAGUGAUAGCUUUAUCACAAAAAUAUUGUAAAAUGCAUCAAGGAUUGAUCAGUUCUUUACUGGUGGGAUUUAGACAAUGGGGUUAUGUUGUCUUGUCCUUAUGUAGAAAAUAAGUCAGUUCUUUGGAGGGCAUUAUUGUAAUGGUUUGUGUGUGUCGUGCGCUGGAGCAGUAGUAACACUUGUAAAGACCCAUAAGGACGGGCAAUAAUUGCUGAUUGUAACAGCGCUGUUAUGUGAAUAUUCUGCCAGGAUUCUGGUUGUAUCUAAUAGUUAAGGAAAUAUAUAUAUAUGCUGUAGUGGUAGGAACAUUGGUAGAAUCCAUGGAUUUAUUUCCAGCUCUGAAUCUUCCAUUUUUCCUGUAGCCCAAAAGUGACCAAUUAGUUUAGAAAUGAGACGACGUCUCUUUAAAACUUUUAAAUUAAGUUUAUGCAAAUGAUUUCCUUCACAGCCUUCUCUUUAAAUACAGAUUUUAGGAAAAGAAAAAGUAUUUUUACAAUCUAAGAACUGCAGCAAAAAAACUUGACAUUUUACAGAAACCACACUGAAUAUUUUUGCAAAACCUAGAAGUGGUUAACACCAUAAAUUGUAUGAUUUUAACUCUGAGCCAGUUUCAUCACACCUGCUAAGAUACUCCAUUAGUAUUCCUGCCUUGCUAGUUUGGUGACCAGAGUUAAAGGCACAAUCCCAUUUCCAUUUCACUUAGACUGCAGCAUGACUGCAAAUGGCUACAAAAAUGACUCAUUCCAUCUUUAUAAUAAUGAGUGAGCAUUGCUUUUUGGGAAGGAAGGGGAUCCAAACAUUUAAAGCUGUGAAGAUUGGUGAUUUUCAAAUAUGGCACUGUUUUCUUCACUUAAUCAGAAGGCUGCGUGGCUUCAGUUUGGAUCAAAAGUGACAUGGUCAGUAUUGGAACAACAUAUCUAGGCCAGCUCCUCAAACCCAAGGGGCUUAAGAAUGAACAAAUGUAGUUGGACCUUACCUCAAUCCUUUGUCGUUCAGGGUUCAAAUGCAAGAGCGGCUGUUUAUUUAAAACUUGCAUCAAUUUGGCUGUUUUAUCAUUCCCCUGGCUGGUUGAAGCAAUGUCUUUCUUUUGAAUUCUUGGCAGGAUGGAAGGAAGGGUCAUGCUAGUCAGUAAAAUUGUAAUGGGAAAUCUGAAAUGAGGGGUAGCAUUAAUGUAAAUUGAGGUCCACAGCCCCCCUAGUGUGGGGAUGGUUGGCUGUUUUUGGUUAAUCUUCAGUAAGAUUGGAAAUUACUUCAGAAUUUGUGUAGAGCAGUCUCCAUUUAUAAAUGUUAGUACCCUACUUUAUUGUAAGCUCCCUAAUGGAUCUAUUUAGCUUUCAAGAUGAAACUGGCUAAUGUGCUGCUUCAGAUUGUAACAGUUGGUUGAAUAUGUCGUGGUUAGAUGUUGUAGCAUAGAAUGGCUUUUGUUUUACACAUUGGGAAAUUGUUCAUGAGCAGUGGUUAAUGAUUAAUGCAAAACUGUUAAGGGGCCCAUCAAUUUGAAAUACACAUUUAAACUGUCCAGCUUUUCAAGGAUGAAAUAGGCUUUGUCUUUAGAAUUAAAUAAAACACUACAAGGUCUAAUUCCUGUCAUUUGAAUGCUGUGCUCUUUAGCUUUGAGGUUUAUGCAGUUACAGCUUUGGGUGGACUGCCUUAGAGAUAUCCCUUGAAGCCAUGUUUUCCCCUUUUUAGCACAAAUUUAAAGAUACAAGCACAUAUUUGUCAGCCCCACUUUUGGGGUAUUUUUAAAGAUAGACAUUCAGCCUUCAAAAAAAAAAAUCAACUUUUCACACCAGGUAAAUCUGUUAUUACUGUAUUGAGUUCCCUUGGGAUAGCAAAAUAAUAAAUCUACAAACCAAAUUGAACCUUCUUAAAAAAAAAAGCCCUAAAUUUAAAUCUGUUCAAAAUAUGUCUUCUGUUACUGUGUUUGAGGUAUUGGUGUGAUGUAGGAUUCACAAUGGCCUCCUGGCUAGAAUAUUGCAGUUAUGAUAACUAGUUCAGUACUGUGCUUUUCCUGAUGGCUCAUGGUGAACUUUACUAGUAUAAAGUUUGAUGACCCCUCUGAUCAUGUUGCUUGUAAUGAGGUCGUCAGCUAAACAUUGGGUGGAAUGGUUGCUAAAAUCAUAACUUGUUUUUGGAUUAAUAUUUUGAACAUUCUUUUUUCAUGAGGCCAUAUUUUGAUAUGAAGCAUUAAGGGACCUUUUUCAGGUAUAAAACUUCAAAUUACAGGUUGAGUCCAGGAGGGACAAUGAAGCCCUUAUUUUAAAAAUUCACCUUUUUAAAUCUUUUCUAUUUGGCUUGUGUCUGUUAUCCAGUUGGUAACUUAAGAUGAUCUUCGUUUAGUUUUCUCUACAUUUUGAAUUGGCUAGGUCAGAGCUGUGAGUGUUCAAAACUCACAUUAUUUUCCAACUUUGUAACUGGACAAAUCCCCAAAGUCUGUUUAGCUUGAGUAUUCGCAAAACGAUUUCGCACAGCUUUACAAGCAAAUGCAGAGUUCACUAAAAGUGCUUAAUGGAUUAUGUUCACAAUUCUUAAACUAAUCAGGCACAGUACCUUACCUCAAAUAACCUCAGCAAAAGAUCAACUUGCAGAACCCCAAGAGGCCAAUUAAUUCAGAGACUAGGGUCUAAAUGAUACAUAAUUCUCAGGGAAGUGAUCCUACCAUCUCUGGAAGGUAAUAGGGGUGCAAGAUGUGGUUCUGGUGCCUUGUUAGGUAAUGGCUUUUGUCUACCUCGGUGCCUCUUUCCGCGGCAGCUUCAAACUACCUCAUGUUGGAACCCAAUUGGCUCACUUGCCAUUGGGUGAAUAGCUUGCACCGGGGGCUAAUGUGCAGUUUUUUUUUUGAUAUCGGGAUUUUAAUGCAACCCAUGAAUCAGCUGCUGAAAAGGGCAUUGAACAAAAGUAUAUGAAUGAUGGUUGGCGUAAAAACGUGACUGGUUUGUCUCCUCCAUCCACCUUUUUGAGAAUCCCAUUCAGCAUGCAGUUGGGAUCAUCAGUUUGAUAGCAUCUGAAGUUCAACUUAAAACACAAACCUUCUACAAUCUGAACACAACUCCUUCUGAACUUAAUGGGGGAUUAAAGUUGUUUAAAAUAUAGCAUUUACAAGUAUGAAAGACCACAUGUUCCCUGGCAUUUUUUAUCAACUUUGUGGCAUCAAAGGGAAGCUCCAGGAAAACUUCAUGGCAGGUGACUAGUUUUCAACCUAGCCCUGUUCUGUGUUGAAUGGUACCAUUCUAUAAAUAGUUAUGUAAUUUGAUUUAGUGACGACAUCAGGCAGGCCAAACAAAAACCUCUCUACCUCCUUUGUGCACAGAUGGAUUAUGUUAUACUUACAUAUAGUAUAGACAUACAUUAAAAAAUAUGGGAUGGCUCGUUCACAUUAACUUGGUAAACAUACUGCCCCAACAGGUAUUUAACCCUACUUUCACUGUUCCAACAUGUUUUUUCACUUCCAUUGUUGGGAGGUGAGAGGUUGGCAGCAAAUGGGUGAGCUUUGAUCAAAUGACUGGAGAUUCUCAUUAAGGUUAUUGAGUUGAUAACGUGGCAUUCCUCCUGUCUUCCUUUACUACUUUUCAAAUGCAGCUUGCACCAAAAGUGUGGGGCUGUUUAGGUUAAUUGCUGGAAAGAGGUGGCAAUGCCAUGCUUGGGGGCAGGGGAGGAGUCAGUGGUAAAGUAGGUUUGGGGAGCAGUUGAAUUAUCGUCAGUUUGGAUCUUCAUUCAUGUACAUACUUGCAAAGUAGAAGUUUGGUGAUUAAGGGCACUUGGAGUUUAUUUUCUAAGCUUGCCAGCAGAUUCAAAUUGAAGUCUUGCAGGGUUUGUUUGACCAAUUACAAUCCAGUGCAGUUUAUUCAAAGCUGAAUGAUCAGAGAUUUAAUAACCCGUUUCACACACCAAAUAGUUGGAUGUUGUUAAAAUGUAGACAAAGGAGUUGUUGACUUUUUCAUUGACAAAAUGUGACCCCAGCUGAUAGUGGGAGCACCUGAUGUGCUGUUUGUUUAAACAAAUUGUUUUUGUGAACUGAUUUUAUGAAGUGCUUAAGUUUUUUUUUAUAUUGUGAAACUGGGUUUCAAACCACUAGUUAAGCAGACUUUAUUCAAAAUUUAUUCUUGAGAAUUUAAGUGUCUGGUCCAAGAUCCAGAAAUCCUGGCUGAGAAGACGUAAUAUAUAGCUUAAAGAAGUUUUCGCUGUUUUCUAAAAACAGUGAAACCAAGUUCUGGGCUCAGAUUAUUUUACAGAGGCAGAGCUACAGUAAAAUCAAAUGUUCUAUUGAGUUGUGUAAGAAGUGAUUUUGCUUAUUGCCUCUGUUUUUCUUUUUCUAAUUUUAACUUUGUAGUCUGUGUUCUAGAUUAAGGGGAUAGCAUUAAAAUGUCUGGUGCAAGUGGUCAAAGGCCCUUUUCUCAAACUUAGACAAGUGCCUCAAAAUGACGGAGCCUGUUUCUGUAUUUAAAGAUGUCCGAGCAGUAUUGUUUAAGCUACUGUUGUACAACAACCCAGCAUUUAAUGUUCAUCGGUGGUUACCACUGCUUAAAGGAGGGGAAAUUGGGGUCCUAGACUACCAGAAAAGUGUUUGUUUUCAAAGAAAAUUCCUCUUGGGGUUGUCUUUACAGUAAGGUGACGGGUAAUUUUUUUGUUUCGCCCUUUUGUAUAAUUUCCCUCUAAUUGUAAGAUCCAGCCUCUGCACCAAAGAAUGAGGUUUACUGACCUGGAACACUUCUUAUUCCUGUGUGUUUGAAAGCCUAAAAAUUGAUGUUUGUGCAAUUUUUAUCUGGAUGAAAGUUCAAUAAAAUUUGUUUACAAUUGA